CCAGUUCCCUCCAGCGGCAGAGAGCUUCAUUUUCUGAUCUGCUUUUUGUGCUAAAAUGGAGGCUGGCCUCUCGCCCUGAGUUAUCGCCUUCCUGGUCGAAGUUUAGAUGUUGACAUGCAAUAAACCAGCAGACAGGAUGGUCGUGGACGCCCCUAACUCCAACGGGCCUUUUCAGCCGGUGGCUCUGAUGCACUUUCGAGACGUAGCCCCGGCGGAGCAGGAGAAGCUGUUCAUCCAGAAGCUCCGGCAGUGCUGCGUCCUCUUCGACUUCCUGUCCGACCCACUGAGCGACCUGAAAUGGAAGGAGGUGAAGCGCGCGGCGCUGAGCGAGAUGGUCGAGUACAUCACGCACAAUCGCAACGUCAUCACGGAGCCCAUCUACCCAGAGGUGGUGCACAUGUUUGCGGUGAACAUGUUCAGAACAUUGCCUCCGUCUUCGAACCCCACCGGGGCGGAGUUCGACCCAGAAGAGGAUGAGCCAACGCUGGAGGCAGCCUGGCCUCAUCUCCAGCUUGUCUAUGAGUUUUUCCUGAGGUUUUUAGAGUCUCCAGACUUUCAGCCCAACGUAGCGAAGAAGUACAUCGACCAGAAGUUUGUGAUGCAGCUUCUAGAUCUAUUCGACAGCGAGGAUCCCAGAGAGAGAGACUUCCUGAAAACCACGCUCCACCGCAUCUACGGGAAGUUCCUUGGGCUGCGGGCCUACAUAAGGAAACAGAUCAAUAACAUUUUCUAUAAGUUUAUCUAUGAAACUGAGCAUCAUAACGGUAUUGCCGAACUACUGGAAAUACUUGGAAGCAUAAUCAAUGGCUUUGCCCUGCCACUAAAAGAAGAGCACAAGAUCUUCCUGCUGAAGGUCCUAUUGCCACUGCACAAAGUGAAGUCCCUCAGUGUCUACCAUCCCCAGCUGGCCUACUGUGUGGUACAGUUUCUGGAGAAAGACAGCACUCUCACUGAACCGGUGGUGAUGGCCCUGCUGAAGUACUGGCCCAAAACGCACAGUCCCAAGGAGGUGAUGUUCCUGAACGAGCUGGAGGAGAUCCUGGACGUGAUCGAGCCCUCUGAGUUCGUCAAGGUCCAGGAGCCCCUCUUCCGCCAGCUGGCCAAGUGCGUGUCCAGUCCGCACUUUCAGGUGGCGGAGAGGGCGCUGUACUACUGGAACAACGAGUACAUCAUGAGUCUCAUCAGCGACAACGCCGCAAAGAUCCUGCCCAUCAUGUUCCCCGCGCUGUACCGCAACUCCAAGACCCACUGGAACAAAACUAUCCACGGGUUGAUCUACAACGCGCUGAAGCUUUUCAUGGAGAUGAACCAGAAGCUGUUCGACGACUGCACCCAGCAGUUCAGAGCAGAGAAAAACAAAGAGAAGGCCAAGUCGAAAGAGCGGGAAGAGGCUUGGAUCAGGAUUGAAAACCUUGCCAAAUCAAACCCACAGUUCCUUGUGUGUGUUCCUUCCCCUGCCCGCUGUAGUCCUGUAGCAACGGAGACGGAGGCUCCGUCGAUAGAAGAUGUUCAGAGGUGAAGAAAGACAGUUGAGGAAGGCGCCACUCAGCUACAGCGAGCCCAGCGGACAGAGGGCCCACUGGUGAGCCGCAGGUCUGAGUUGCCUCAGGACAUCUACACCACGAAAGCCUUGGACUCCCCCCGCCGAGGCGAAGACAUGUUGACCCCCCACGACCGACUCUAGGUCCCCCCCCCCCACCCCAUAACGUCAUGCCCCUCCCCCCACCGAGGCGCCCGGUAAGCCUCUGAGCCUCAAACCGCACAGCAAGCCACCCCACUGUGCCCCCCUCUCCCCAAGUCAUGUUGGCUCUGAUUGGCCAAGUAGGACUCGGGGGAGGCUGGCUCAGUUCUCCUCUUCCUGGGGGCCUCGGACCUCCUCAGCCUGUCAUGGUUAACUUCAGCACACCGCGUCUGUCUGCUGCCACCAGGAGCCUGCAGUCACUCGCUAGCAAAUAACAAGUUUGCUAAAAAACAAAAUGGGACUGGGUAGGGGGGCGGGGGGACUGGGUUCUUCUUCCUUCCGGACACUUUUUAUUAUAUUAUAUAUUAUUUUAUUUUUGGGCGUACUUUAUUUUUCCGUCUUCGCGAUGAAUUCAGCAACUUGAAGACCAAUCUGUCCAUUUUGUGGAUUAUUUUACUUUUUCCUCCUUUUCUCGAUCCCAGCGACGUCAGUCGGUGCCAAGAAUGAUGUUUUCAUUCUUAGUUUCCAUGGUUACGACAUGUUUUACCUGGGCCAUGCCCCAACAGAAACCCCUGGUCGCAUGACGCGGCCGGGGUCAAAUGACGCGGCCGGGGUCACAUGACGCCUCUUGCCUUUAUUUCUUUCUUUGUCGUUGGUGUUUCAGCACAAGCUUUUCUAGGUCGGAAGACCCCAGACCCCCCCAGACCCCGGACCCUAGACACCCCCCCCCAGACCCGUCUGGCGCCUCGGGUCCCGGGAGACGGCCAGGUGAAUGUGGUCCCAUGGACAACGAGUCUCUACUGGUCUUCUUGGUUCGUGCCAUAUACCGUUCUGUAGUUUCUGUUCUUCUGUCUGCUGUCCCAGUAAAUGAGUCCUUUUCCUUUUAUUGGCCAACCAAACUUUCAUAGAACAGCAUAUGGAGAUAGUGACCGUUUCAACCUGUUACUUAUGAGUUAGCAAUAUUUAAAGAGGAACGAAACACGACAAUCUAAACUUCUGUCUCUAGCAGAAUAUUCCCUUUUCUGUUUCUUCUUAUCGGCUGAAACAGCAGCUCCUGGGGAUAAAUGUGUUUAGUUGAAAGCCAGUGAGCCCAAAAUAAUGUUUUUCUUGUUUUAAAUUGUUUUUAGUUCUGUGUUUCUAUGUCUUCUAUGAUGUUGAACAUAUGAUUAAAUGCCAUUUGUCACUGAAAUACAAUAAUGUUAUUUUGGAAGAGCUUAAGUCCGUUUUUUGCCAGACUGCGCCAACCUGUUUCAAUCCCUUCCCCCCGCUUGCCCCAAACCUGUUCUAGAACUUUCUUGUCCCCCCCCCAAAAAACGAUUCCAGUAAGUUCUAGGCCCUCCCCCCCCCAAACCUGUUCCAGAACACUUUGGCCCCUCCCCCCUCAAACCUGUUCCAGAAAAUUCUAGCCCCUCUCCCCCUGAACCUGUUCCAGAACGUUCUACCCCCCCAAAACUCUUCCAGAAAGUUCUAGCCCCUCCCACCCCAAACCUGUUCCAGAACAUUCUAGCCCCUCCCCCCACAAACAUGUUCCAGAACAUUCUAGCCCCCCAUGAGGACCUUUCUUUUCAUGACGUCGAAGUGCCUUUUUGGAGGCACUUCACGCCUUUCAUCUAAAACUUCUCUGCUAAUAACACACAUUCUGAAGGUUCCCACCGCGUUGGGAAGAGCACGCCUCUCCCCUCCUGCAGAAAACCCUUUUUUAAUAAAUUCCAGCUGAAAGCGUCACGCUAGGAGUGUGGUGGCGUCAGAUCGGCUCGGUUGGCCUUUCAUUCACUUGGAUCUGUGUCAUCCAGCCAUGUUUGUGUAUCAGUGGUUUAAGAGGACACUUUGUUAUGUGUUUGGAUGCGUUUGCCUGUAUAUGAAAUAUGACAUAAUGGACAUGAAUGUCCAUGGAAAAACUUUUUUCUUUCUUGCUUUCUUUUGUCCUCAUAGGAAAUCCUCUAGACCAAAUACUAUUGAAUGGGUUUGCAGCGAUAGAGAUGUUUUAUGGGUGAAUAGAAAACCCACACGUUUGAAUGGCGUCUAUAUUCUGAAAUCAGUGAACAAUUCUGUACCAUUCCCAUGUCAGGAUUCUCCUGGUAGAAACGCUGAACUCCAAACCUGCAGUCUCACUUCCCUGGUUUGUUUCUUUGUAGUUAAGCUAGUUUUUUUAAAUUCUGCUACCCACUUCAUCAGAAUCACUGCCGUUGUUUGAAUUGAAGGCCUUUUUGGCUAGUUCUUUCAUCGUAAUGAUUUUUUAUUUCUUUCAUGUCUUGUUCCUGGCGUUUGCAAAUUCUUGGAUGUGAGAUUUGGCAAAUAAGAAAAGAAAAAGACAAAUGCUGAGAGAUGCUGGUGCGAAUGCCAGAUGCCGAGUAGUUUACUGGCAGUGCACCUUGGGAUACUGUCUGUAUGGAUACUGUAUUUAAAGAGAUGUACAUUUUUAAAUGAUCAUGUUAACAUGUCCCUUCUCGCCCUGGAGAAAAGGACUUUCAUCAAAUUAUUUUCUCAUUUAGUUUAAAGAAAUGAAGCUUGCUGGAAGAGAUGUUUGAAGGGUGCGUUUGAGAACCAUAUGUUGUAUUGAAAAAAUGAUUGAUUUUGCAGCUCCUAACCCUCUAGUUUUAAAAUAAUUUCAAACUACUAUAGAUUAACAAGUGUCCUUUUGUAUGUGACCUGUAUAUGGCUUCAUUUAAUAUUGUAUAUAUGAUUUACUUUGUUUAUGUAGUGUUGUAUAUCUAGAUUAAUUUUGUACAAAUUGUCCCUCUGUACAGAAUAAAACCUCACUAGCAAGUAAAAGAUGUCGACAUGGCACACCUUUCCUUUAUUGGCUGUACUUUUUGAAACAUUAGAAAAUGUUCUGAAAUAAAUAUAUAUAUUUUCCGUUCAAACCUGGAUAUAUUUUUUUUUUCCGGUUUACCCCAUUGGAGUAACUGACAAAUGUUGGUCCCCAUUGUGCUCGGACCCUGUCUCUAGCCGUAUUAUUUAUUAAUAUAAAUAAAAUAAAAGUAUUUGAUUUUAUAUUUUCAACCAUACAUCCGUUUGGCUCGUCUGGCUAUUCCCAGACCAAGCUCAAUCGUAGAUUGCACGUUGGUUUGGGGAAGCUGCUGUCAUUUUUUUUUCAGCACAAGAGGCGUGAUCAACGGGCCACGUUCAACUGACUCUGUACGCGAUUGGCUGCUUGUAGUCGCUUGACUGUCGCAUUGUGUUAAACCAGCCAAUAGCGCGCCAAGCGGAAAAGCCAAAACGCGUGCUAGACUCUAGCACGCGUUAAUGUGUCAUUUGUAUAACAUAUAAAACGUGUCUAAAGUGCCCUCUUCAGUGGUGAGAACGCGCUAUAUGUGCCCUUUUUUUCUCUUUCCGCCCCUGCCCUUCAAAAAGUCUGUGCACGCCACAGGCACUUACUAGCCAAAAUUUGAGUACACAGUACGUUCCAAUUCAGAUCCGGCGAAAAUAAGUAUACUUCAAGGACCCAGAUGCCGUACUCAAAACGGGCUAAUCGUGAAGUGUGGAUCGGAUCGAAGGACACUCCCCGUACUCAACGGCAGCCAUCUUAGCUACGUAGCGGAAGAGGCGGAGCCAGGCUGAGCCAAAGUCGGCCUAUUUUCCACAUAGCCUGCAUUAAUAGUCAUUUUGUAGUUUUUAUAGCUGCUAGGCGUAAAGAGUUCACCGUUCAAAGCGGGAUGUUUAUUGCGGGGGAGGAGCCACGGCGGCAGUCGUGAUCGUCAUUUCCGGUAAGUGCAACACAGAGUACUCGAUUUGGAACAGCACUCACAUCUAAAAAAUUUG